CAGGGCAGGCGGGAGUGCGCAGCGACGCGAACGCGCAUGCACUCACACAGAGACCUACUGCGAUUGGAAGCGCGAGGCGGUCAGAUCGUGUGUUUUGUGUUGCUGCCGCGCAGUAUCUUUUCACGCAAGUGCCAAGGACUGCAAGGGAAAAGUUUAUUUCAAAGACUCUCCAACUAACGGGCAUGACCGCUCCCAGAUUCCCCUGAACGCCAGCCGUGUGGACACAGCAAGAGAGAGAUGUGGAUCCACUCACAGUCUGUCUUCUGAACAACGCACGGACAGAUUGAGACAUGACGGAACGGGAUGGCCGUUGUGAUUUGUCCAUCGCCCCGGGGCAGGUAUAUAUCGAGGUGGAGUUCGAUUAUGAGUACAAGGCGAAAGACAAACUCAUCUCCAUACGGCAGGGCGAAUGCUACCAGUUGGUUCGUAAAACCAACGAGGACUGGUGGCAAGUUCGGCGGGAAGAGGGCACCAAGGCUUUCUACGUCCCCGCUCAGUACGUCCGAGAGGUCCGGCGUGCCCUUAUGCCACCGCCCAAACCUCGCGCAAAGCCCCCCAACGUCCUUGAAAUCAGCCAGUGCCGAUCGUCGAAUGAAAAUCUCAACCAACGCGCUCCUACGGAAAGGUCCAGCUUUGGCAGGCCACCUCCUUCAACGACACCUUCCCCAUUGCCAGGGCAACUGACCCCGCCUUUGUUGAUGCGGGACACCAAUCAGAACCCGGGGAUGAAGAGCGUCGUUGCAGAGCUGACUCUGCUCAACAACAACCAUCAUAACUAUCACCAUGGCAACCCCACACUUCCACGAGGGCGGGCGGAAUCCCCUCCACGAGAGCAUGGUUGCCAGGGGAAACUCCCAGGUGUGUUGACAGUGGACAUGGAAGGGAGCGUGUUACCAGGAAAUGGGUUGGAGAAAAUGAGAAAUGACUCUGAAUCUGGAGAUGAGCUCAGCAGCAGCUCUACCGAACACAUGCAGGGUAUAUCUCCCAUCGGACAGGGUCGUCCCGAAUCCCCCGUGUACACAAAUCUCCAGGAGUUGAAGAUCUCUCAGUCAUCUCUCCCACCUAUUCCCGCUUCCUCCCCUCUGCACAUCCUGGGCGACUGGGAAACGCACAAAGAUUCGAGUGGAAGAAGCUUCUACUUCAACCGCACGACUCAAGAGAGGACCUGGAAACCACCCCGCUCACGAGACAACGGGGUCAGUCGCGGGGACACGUCCAACACUGGAGACAUGGAGCAUUUGUCCUCUGAGGAGAACUGUCCCAGUACACACUCCAGUCAGUCAGACAGUCAGUACGGGUCACCCCCUAGAGGCUGGUCUGAGGAACUGGAUGAACAUGGCCACACACUCUAUGUGUCUGAAUACAACAAUGAAAAGUGGAUUAAGCACGUGGAUGAACAAGGACGGCCAUAUUACUACAGUGCCGAUGGAUCCCGUUCAGAAUGGGAGUUACCAAAAUAUAAUCUCUCUCCCCCAAUCUCUGAAGAAGCUCCUAAGAGUCACAGUUUGGAAAGGAAGCAGCAGGAGCCCAUUGUGCUGACCAAGUGGAGACAUAGCACAUAUGUUCUGGACGUCACUGAUAAGCUGCCAUUCAAAAACAGAUGGUUCAGUGUGAACCGCCUCACCAGGGGCUUCGGUCUGUCACUGUACAGAGAACCCUCAGAAAAGUGUGGUGUUCUCAAUGUCACCAAGAUCACUGAACAUGGCAAGAAAGUCAGGAAGAAUUGGGCCUCCACCUGGACUGUCCUGCAGGGAUCCUCUUUACUCUUUGCAAAGGGUCAGGGCAGCGCCACCAGCUGGUUUGGAGGCAACCAGUCCAAACCCGAAUUCACCGUGGACCUCCGAGGAGGUUCGGUCGAGUGGGCAUCCAAAGAAAAGUCCAGCAAGAAACAUGUAAUUGAGCUGAAGACACGAGUGGGCACAGAGCUGCUGAUUCAGUCUGAGAUUGACAGUGUUAUUAAUGACUGGUUCAGAGCGCUUUCUGAAACCAUCAACACACAUGCGUGGGAGUCUGAUGAAGCCAUUGAAGAGGACAUGCCUGAGUCUCCUGGAACUGAGAAACACGACAAAGAGAAAGACCCCAGAGACUCAAAGAAAAACAGAGUAGUAAAGAACCCCAGCACGGAGUCGUCUGAACAGAAGAAGACCAGAGUGAAGCUGAAGAAGUUUCUCACACGGAGACCAACCUUACAGGCUGUCAGAGACAAGGGCUACAUAAAAGAUCAAGUGUUUGGCUGCAGUUUGACUGCCUUGUGUCAGAGAGAAGGCACUUCUGUGCCUAAUUUUGUCAAGAUGUGCAUUGAGCAUGUGGAGAGUACAGGCUUAAAUGUUGAUGGCUUGUACAGAGUCAGUGGGAAUCUGGCCGUCAUACAGAAAUUGCGCUUUGCUGUCAAUCAUGAUGAAAAGGUGAAUCUGGAAGACAGUAAAUGGGAGGAUAUCCACGUGACUACAGGUGCUCUGAAGAUGUUUUUCCGGGAGCUUCCAGAGCCUCUGUUCACCUACACAUCCUUUAAUGACUUUGUCGAAGCCAUCAAAAACUCAGAUUACAAGCAGCGAGUCCAAUCCAUAAAAGACUUGAUCAAACAGUUGCCAAAACCCAAUCAGGAAACAAUGAAAGUGUUAUUUGAACACCUAAAAAGAGUGAUAGAUCACGGCGAGGUGAACAGGAUGACGACCCAGAGCGUGGCGAUCGUGUUCGGCCCAACCCUGCUGAGGCCGGAGAUUGAGACGGGCAAUAUGGCGGUUCAUAUGGUCUAUCAAAACCAGAUUGUAGAACUUAUCCUUCUGGAGUAUGAGAAUAUUUUUGGGAGGUAGAACAUCUCUAAGUGACACCACCUGAGAAUCAAUCCAGAGAACACAAUGCCAGAAGUUUAACAUCUCAUAUCCAUCGCACAAACACCCACCACUGCUGUGGACCAAGCCUAAAAGUGUAUAUAAACAAACAUGAGUGGAUUUACUGUGACUUAUGACUGGAUAUAAGCAAAGAAAAUGAAUACAGGAAGGUUAUUUAUGCACUUAAUGUUUGUUUUUUUAUUUUGAGGAUAUACAAAAAAUUCUCAUUUUUGCAUUUGGAUCGUCAUUCCUUGGCUUAGAAUAAGCUGGAUGAACUUUUUUGAAUGGACAAUUAUGGAUGGUCAUGGAUGGUUUCCUUUAUGCACUCUUUUUUUUUUUUGUGAGGGGAGGGAAAUCUGAAUAUUUUCCAAAGUUGGAAACUGGAAUGGACUUCAUAUUAUUCAGUAUUGACGACUAGAAUGAAAAUUGACUAAGCAGACACUUUCAAGUCUCACCAGAUUGAGUUUUUUUUUUUUUUUUUUUUUGCUGUGAAAUGUUUAAAAGUAAAAACGGAUUUGGGGGGUUCAUUCAUUGAGACGCGUGUCGGACUUGUAUCUGGGCUAUCUUUGACUCAGAGUUUUUGUUUUCUUCAUUUUUUUCCUGUGGAAUAAGCUGAAAGUGCACUGUAUUAGGAGACAGUAUUAUUUGACAAUGACUACUGACCGAGGUCGAUGGUUAAAAGUGGACAAUGAUUAAUAAUCAGUAUUAGGGCAGGAAUCCUGUUUGAAAUGAGAAAGGCUCUGAGAAAAAUCUUUUUUUCGCUGAGUGUUUUCUCCAUAUCCACCCAUGUUUGCCCUCCAUCUGCACUUGCCUAAAGUUUACCGGAAAGGCCGUGUGCCUCUUGCUUCAUGGACGUCACGCUACUGGAUAACAGACAUGCUCAUCACACUUGUGUCUUUUGUGUUAUCCAACAGAGAAACUCCUUUUUAAUUCGAUGGCCCUCCCUUUAAUGAAAUAUCAGGACUUUCACAUGCUUGAGGUCAAACCUGUGUUGUUUCCUUGGAAUAGAUGGACUGUGUUGUGCCGAAUUGUGUAACAGUAUGCUGGAGAAACAGGUUGUUUUCCAGAUGUGAACCUGAUAUAUGUUGUGUAGUUCAAAAGCAAGACCUCUCAAAAACAGUCAGAGAGCUCGUCUCUCUCGGGCUUACUGGAAAAAGAAAGGUGAGAUGCUUAUAUCGGCGUUUAGGCCUUACACGGUUUCAAAUCAAUAGCGAAAAAUAUUCAUCUCCGGUUUCCUGCUCUGCCCCUGGAUGGAAAGCUGCUUGAUAACAAAUUGACAGGAUGGUACUGGAAAUAGUACUGCAGUUAGUGUUAACUGAAGGUACGCAUGGCAAACGCCGCCUUUGUCUUGUUUUUAACCAAAUUCAGAAAGUAUAUGUACAUACUACUUCAACAAGAACUUGAACCCUGUUGUACAAACAAAGAAAAAUACCAAUAAUAGUUUAAGUGUAAUGGCUUGAAGUUGUGUGUCAAUAACAAGUGAAAAGAUCUAAUAUUGUUGAUGUAUGGAAAAAAGAAAUGAGUGAUGGGUAGGGCGAGGGAGGGGUGAUGUCAUCACGCGUUGUGAACUGCACAUUUUGAAUGUAAUUUUCAGACUAACUGCUAUUUCUGAAAUUUAUGUCUAAUCCUAAUUAAAAAGACAAAAACUCAUGGAUGAUA